ACGUCUAGCAUAGCAGCUGUCAAAAUGAGGGAAUAAUCAUGUUGUCAAGUUAAAAUGUAAAUGUAUAAAUUAAGGCUAUUCAAUAGCUAGCAUUACCAGCUGGUAAUAGUUGUUUGUUCAUCAUUUUCCUUAAUUUCCUUUUGCCAUAGUUAUUUUUAAAACUUUAGUACUUAAUACUUAGACAGUACUGGCUUUCUUGUGGUUUUAUCGAAACGUGAGGAAUAGUAACAUGUUUAUUGUUUGAUAGAUCGUACAUGAUCGCGGGUUUUUCGAGUAUAAUACGAUGCUGAAGGCAGCGUCGUUGCUUUUUAUGGUGUUGGCAGCAGUUGCAGAAAUUACGAUACGAUGUGGAUCUGAAAUCGGUACCUCUUUUAACAAGACUGAAGUCGGCGUAGAAGGACGCUACACAGUGGAAUGGUGUACCCAAAUACGCGAGAAUGCAAAACUUUGGGAGCUUCAAUUGGAACACACAACUGACAAUAAAUUUAAUGUUUGUGAAAAUAAUAUCACUCUCAGGCAGAAGCACGGAAUGAAAAUGGCAUUACAUUCCCGACCAUUGACAUUGAACAUUACCAAUAGACCUAAUUGUAACAUUACCUGUCUCUCAAAACAUUUUGAUGCGGUUUUCUCAAGCUGCUACAAGGUAUCCAACAAGAUAAUUGAGAAGAAAGAAACCAAUGAGCAUGCGGUCACUAACACACGUGUGCACUCAUCGAUGGAUACGUAUCAUCGCAUCGACAACAUGUUCACCAGCCAUCAAGCCCUCAAUACGUUGAAACCCGUCGUGCAAUUUGACAAGAAUGACCGUGAGCUCGUAGCCACAUACAACCUGCACUACAUAGACGUGAGCGGAUCGUUUGGCAUGCGAACAAAAGAGUAUAAGAAGAAUUCCACUAUUAGAGAAAUUGAUGCUGUAGAUUGGAUAAACAUCAGAGGCAACUGCACCCCGCUGUCUGAGUCUGCUACAGUUGUUUGCCACCUGCCGUGUCCUGACGCGGGUAAUUGUGUACGUCUGUCUUUGGAAUACACCGCGUCGUAUCGAAACAGCAUCAACGAUCCCAGCGUCUAUGAAUACUGUGAGCUGCCGAGCGAGGAAAGGGAGAUGGACCCAGGCAUGGACCCGCGCGUAUGGUGGGCGAUAGGCGCGUUGGCGCUGACACUGACUCUGCUGGCGGCGUGCUGGGCCGCGCACUCGCGCGUGCUCGCCAACCUGCGCAAGAAGGUGCUGCACGACUGGGUGCACAGAUACGCUUCGUACACGGCUGAGCACACGCCAGUGGUGGACCCCGGCCACAUCCUCCUGCUGUACGCGAGAGACUGCGAGCCGGCCAUGGAGGCCGUCAGCGUGCUGAAGGAGAUGCUCGAGGAAGGCGCUCCGGCCCGGGUUUACGACUUAUUCAGCGCCGACUGCAUGGCGCUCUACGCCCAAGCACCGGAAGAGUGGCUUUGCGGCUUGCUAGCGCGGCCCGACGUGCGCGUCGUGCUAGUGCAGACCCCGGCCGCCGCGGCGCUGUACGCGGCGCAGGUCUCCCAGGACAUGCACUUGCAACAACCGUUGUUGGGAGCUCGUGUGCAAUACAAGAAACCUCACUACGGAGAUGUGCUGCUGCAGUUCGCAUUACGACUGGUGCGGGACAUGGCCCCGAUGCAGCAAGAGUACGCCCGGUAUUACAUCGCUACCGUGUCGGAGCUGGAGUCGGAGCUGGUGCCGCAGGUGGCGCCGUACCGGCGCUACGAGCUGCCGGCGCACGCGGCGCGCCUGCUGGCCGACCUGCGCCUGCCCGCCCUCCGGCCCGCGCCGCUCCGCCGCCUCGACGCCGCCCUCCGCCGUCUGCGAGACUACGUCAGGGCCAAUGAGAACUACUUAAGGGACGAACUCAUGUUCAUAUAGCUCCGCUCUGGAUAAUUCAUUCAACACUUUUUAUUAACACUCGAAGAAUAAUCUUAUUUGUGUCGCGUUGGAAAAGCUGAUUUUGAGUUUCAGAAACAAAAUUGACAAAUAAGAGCUUAAAUCCACGUAUGACCCUAUUCUGAUGCGUUGAUGUAGCCGUUAGUCAUAUCCGCGCGGUUUAAUCGAAGGAAGGAUGAAGAUUAGGGAGGAUAUAAAUAUCACAAAAUUAUGCAAAUUGGUCUCAUGAACAGGUGUCACAAUUUACGCCACUGGUCUGGUCUAAAUAAAUAUUGUAGGACAAAUUUACACAUAUCGACCUAGUCCCACAAUAAGCUCAGCAAAGCUUGUGGGUACUAGACGACGGUAUAUAUAAUAUAUACAGUAUCUAACGAAACAUAAAGCAAUUACUCAAACCCGUUAAUGUUUAGGUCUACUUACUAGGUAUUACUUUUCGUUCAGUUACAUACUGUAUAAUGUAUACAUAAAAAAACAUCCAUAUAUCAGGAACAAAUAAAUGCUCUUACCAGGAUUCGAACGGUAGGCGGUAGGCAGUAUCGCUACCGACUAAGCUAGGAGGCCGUCAAUCUCCUAACGAUAGCGCUAAAUGUCAACACUACAACAUUGAGCACCUUCUGAUAUAAUAUCAUUAUAAAAGUGGGUUUUUUUUUGUAUUUUCUUUAAAAUAUAAUAUACGCAUAAUAAAUGUCGCUCCACAUAUUUUUUUAUUUCUAAUGUUAUUUCGAGCAUACCAUACAAAUUGUAGCAUUAAACGUUGAGCUUAACGUAAUAUAAAACGAAUACUGUGAAUUUAUCAAAUCGUUUUGACAGGAAAACCGAAGUGCCUUUUUUUCGUAUUUUAAAUUAGUGUGUAAGUAAUUAGAUAAAAAACUGUAUUUUGAAAUGUCUAUUUAUACUUUAUGGGUGAAACAACUUAUUAACUUAUUAUUAACCAUGUCGCCUGGCUUACUCUUAAAACCCUGGUUUUAUGGUAUUUAUAAUAAGCAAACACACACUUUUUAUCGCAGUUAUAAGCCCUUUUCAUAAUGGGUCAUCUACUUAGCAUAUCAAUAGAAAGUACUUUAUUGUCGCCUGCUGACGGGACAGAAUAACAACACGCAAAAGUUGAUCCACCCGUAUAGACAGUUCAUUACAUACCUACGAGAUUUUGUUAAAAUACAUACGAUAACAUUAAAAUGGUUUUCGUUUUUGACUUUGUUUACUGUAACGUGUAUUGCACUCGUAUCUAAAAAAUGUUAUUUAAAAUUAUUCUUAAUCGAUUCCGAAUUGGAAAUCUCUCCCAGUGACUAGUUUAUACGAAGUGUACAAUUGUGAAUAUUUUUAAGUAUUUUUUUAUUAUUAUUUUGGUACGUUUAAUGUGAGAAGUGUCUGUGUUCAGUUAAAAAUGCAUGUACGGUCAGCAAAACUAUUAGCUUAGCAUCCCUGCAUACAUUUUUAUAUGCAGGGGUGCUAAGCUAAUAGAUUUGCUGACUGUACAGUAAGCUGCAGAGUUUAGUGACCCCCCCCCCCCCCCCGCAAACAAAUUUCUGUGCAAGGUGGUCACUUAACUCUGCAGCUCUGCACCUAAUAAAUAACUAUUGUUCGCGUUAUUUCCUUCUAAUAUAUAUAUAACCAGACUCUUUUACGACACACAUGUCAAGUUUAUGUUUUUUCCACCGAUUUAUCUGAGAUUUUUCUAACUUGAGACAAAUAAAAUAUGUAACGUUGUUUUCUUACUUUGAUGUAUAAUUUGAUAAAGAAUGUUGAGUUUGCUAAGUCACGCAUGUUACAACUUAGUACAGUCGGCGUCAAAUACUUUGUAGCAACCAAAGUAGCCAAAUAGUUCGGUACACCAUAUAUUUAGUAUGGUGUACCGAACUAUUCACUUUGACUGCUACAAAGUAUUUGACGCUGACUGUACCUACUGUAAAUGGUAGACGCAUUUGUAAAUGACUGAUAUUGUACCUUAUGCUGUUUGUAAAUUACAUAUUUUUGUAAUUUGUUUAUAUUUCAUAUAGAUAUAUUCGUGUUGUUUGUACUUAGAAGUAGGUUAGUGAUUUUGUCAAUCUGUUACAAACCCACUAUAAUUUUCAAUAAUAAUGUACAGUCAUUCACAGACAUGUUUACAAACCAAUGUUCCAAAAUAUAUUUACACUCCUCUACAGUCGGACCAAGCUAUCACAUGCAGAGUUAGCUUGGUCCGACUGUAGACUGUACUGUGAGAGAGGCAUUGGCAGUGACAAAGUGUGACAAUGUCAAAUUUAUAUGAAAAUAUUACAUUUACAAUGACACUGCUUAAUCUGUUCUAUUCCAGUCGGUGCAAAGUUAGCUUAGACGGACUGUUAGUCUUAGGACUAACAAUAUGGUCGUGUGAAUAUAUUUAUGGAACAUUAGCUUGUAAAGAAAGAUGUUUGUGAACUAAACCGCACACUCAACUGCAAUAAUAUGUUACACAACGAGGGGCCGCAAAAAUGUGACAUGCUCUUAUUGCGCUACAAAUAAUAAACUGACAGAUAUUUUUACAGCCCUCGUUGUAUAUUAUAUUAUUGCUGGUGACUGUACCUACCUAAUUCAAAGUUGUAAUUUUGUGAUUUUCCAAUCCAACCCACUUAAUUUUCUAGAGUUAGGCCAAAAUAACUGUAACAAUUUUGACAGCACAACUCUGUAACUAUUUUGACAGCACAGACUGUGCAGACAUUUAUACGUCAUAAUUUCAUAGAAGUUAGAAGUACUUCGAGCAACACCGGCUUCCGACACGACGGAAGGGAGGAGCCCAAGCGAUAUCUUACUGUACAAAUCAUUCUGCCAUUUUCAGGGGGAAACGUGCACAUAGUCGCACUUCUCACUCACUACAUAAUAUAAAAUCCCAUCUGUAAUGACGACAAAAAUACAUAGAAAAUAACACACGUCAAAGACAAAUCUUGCACACCUCGAUCUCUUUUUGUGUACGAACGAGUCACAACAUGCACCCCCAUAGGUACAGUUGUACCUAUGCUUCAGCAGAAGGGAAAUAGUACGAAUGCCGUCUCCCUUGCCGGUGUUGCUCGAAGACUGAGUAUGUUAGAACGUGACAAUAUUUUCAUUUUACAAACUGUGCCACUGUUUUCCCGUGGUCAAAAGGACAGAAUUACAACAAAAAUUAGUUGAUCCACUCAUAUAGAAAAAUGAAGAGGCCAUUUUCGGCAUUUAAACAGUCGGUGUUUAACAAAUGUUAUUAGUGCAUAGUGGACACUUAGUCAUUGUAAAUGUUUUUUUUUUUCAUUUGAUCCUCUUGCUCAAUUUUAUUUAACUAGUUAAUGUCAAUGAAUACAAAAAACGAUUUCAAUUUACAGAGCUAUCGCAUAAGCGUUCCGAACACAAUGAUUAUUAGUAAGUACAAGUACGACCAAAGUGGCCAAAUAUACAAAGGUGUGUUCUGAUGAAUUUGGCCACUCACAGGUGUGACGAAAAUUACUGUGAUUGGCAUACCCCGAACAGACGGGGGCAAUUUAGGUUUGACAAUAGUAUAAAGGCAAAUGAAAGUUGAAAGAUAUGCCUGCAAAUUAAAUAAUAUUAAUAAGUUAGAUAACAAUGCAGAUGCAUAUGUAUGUGCUUGAUCUAUUGUCAAACCUAAAUUGCCCUCGUCUGUCCGGGGUAUCGACUGAUGGAUAGUCUGAUGGUAAUAAUAAAAUGCAAGCAAGUAGCAAAAUUAUAAGGAAUUCCACUCUGGCCCUCACACCCUAUAUAAAUACACUAGCACAUUUUUAUUUAAGCUAGGUUGUACUGUAGUUUUUCAUGUAACAGUUGAAACAGAACACAGCAGUCAAUUGCUGACUAGUUAUAAGAUAUAAAACAUAUCUCACGUUGUGCCUACAUUCAAUAUUAUUAUUGCAAUGAGGAUUGUUUAGUACUAGUUCUAGUUUAUUAAUCUAAGGGUUUCAGUUAAUGUUAUUUUCUUUUUUUUAAUACACAUUUGAAAUGGUC